UAUCAAAUCCAACACAGUGCAAAAGACGGAAUAGCAGAAAACAGACAAUUUUCUAGCCAUCGCCAUCAAGUUCUUUAUCCAGACUGUUCUCCAGCUUCACGUGAACCCGCACAGGAGUGCAAGUGUUGCUUGCCGUAAACGUUCGUGUCCAAUCGCACAGCAGCAUGGGAAACGCAGGAAGUAACCUUCCAAGGGAGCGCCAUAAAUCCGGAUCAAACGAUCCCAUUCCGGGAUCACCGAUGAAGGACGACCAGGCAUUUGUGUUCGACAGAAAACCAGUUCCGAUGCACGGUUACCCAUUCGCACCGGAGGAGGAAGGCGGUCCAUACGCGUACUCCAAGUCGGUCCCAGAACCGGAGUUUACCCGCGAACCGCGUCAACGUUCGAACACCAUGUCCGAGGGGACGACACCAACGGAUGCGCCAUCCGGAACCGCCGGCCAGCAGGAGGACGGUAUACAGUCGGAAACGGUACCCACCGUGUUCAAGUGGGACGGUGGUGGUAAGCAGGUCUACAUUAGCGGAACGUUUUCCGAGUGGAAGGCACUGCCGAUGGUCAAGUCGCACGGCGAUUUCGUCACCAUCGUUAACAUCCCGGAGGGAGAUCACCAGUAUAAGUUUCUUGUCGAUGGGGAAUGGAAGCAUGAUCCAAAGCUAAAAAACGUUGAAAAUGACACGGGCAUUACGAACAACCUGGUUACCGUGCGUCAAUCGGAUUUCGAAGUAUUCCAAGCGCUCGCCAAGGACAGUGAAGAUACGGGCAAGGAUGAAUCGAAGGAGUGGGGCCAAGAUAUUCCAACGGCAAGACCAUGGGGCAAAGAAUCAGGUCCGCCAGUUCUACCACCCCAUCUGUUGCAGGUUAUCCUCAACAAAGACACUCCACUGUCGUGUGAACCGACGCUUCUUCCGGAACCGAAUCACGUCAUGUUGAACCAUCUGUACGCGCUUUCGAUCAAGGACGGCGUGAUGGUGCUGAGUGCGACCCAUCGUUAUCGGAAAAAAUACGUCACCACACUGCUCUACAAGCCCAUCUAGAGCGGUGACCGCUCGCCGCCGGGUGGGGCGAACCAUACGCAGACAACAGCGCAGGGAAGAUUUCAAUGGUCUUAUAUUAGAUAGGGGACUAAAUAACCAAAAACUAACGUCGACAAGUUUCUUUCGGUCUACCAAUCUAACCAAUGUAGCAAAGAUUUCCAUUUUCUUCCACGUACACUAACCUCAUCCAUUUUGUUUCGAGAGUACGUUACCAAUGUCUACUAUCUAUUCUCGGUCGAGAAUGCACUGGAUUCUAUGAUUCGUGGCUUUGGAAAAGAAGGAAGCGGAAGCUUGCACCAACACUGUGCUCUUGAAACUGCACCUUGGUCUAAAAUCUUCACUGUUAAUCAAUUAUAUAUUUCGUAGUUUGUAGCGAUAACGUGUUUGUUCAAACACCACAAGCACGCAUAAAGAUUGUACAUCGAGAUUCACGCAGAUGCGUUAAGGGCAGGUACAGGACGCAAAGGCAGCCAUACCGUCGAGUAUGAGCACCACUUCGUAGUGGCAACGGGGCUGACGGAAACGGUUGCUUGGAAUGGAAUAUCAGCUUUCGAUUGCGGGAGGUCGGUUUUAUUCUCGUGUAUAUAAAUAUAUUUUAUAAUUGGUAAUCCAGAUGGCAGUCUGUCAGAAAUAAACUGUUUCAAAAUUUCCACACUGGACAAACGAA